AUGUACAGUUAUGUGAAAGAUGACACAUCUUUGACCUUCAGUGAUGUCCCUACUGACAUGCUUCUCUACUACAACUAUGAUACAGUGCAGAAGGUGAACUGCAGUUCAUAUUUCAGCGCUCUGGGCAGAGCAGAUUUCUCUAUUCCUUCCAGCUUCCUCAACAGACAGAACAUCCUGUUCAACAAUGCACAGAGCUGCCUGGGCAUUUCUGGCUUCAGUCUGAGCAAGACUCAGGUGAAUAUUCUGGGUAAUAUGACCUGCACACUAAACUCAUCCUACAUCCAGAACUCUGACCCACUCAUCAUAGAGAAGUUAAAGAACUGUGGAGACCUGACUGACUCUCAGGUCUCGGGUAUACAGACACUGCUCUUCAAUGGCAACACACCCUAUGGUAAUCCAUCAACAUGGAAUCUGCAGACACUACAGCAGUUAGGCCCCCUGCCUCUCUACUUAAACCAGGACUUCUGGAACAAAUUUAGUUCUACUCUGAUUAGCACAUUUCUGAGGUCCUUCAUUCCAACCCUGAAGACCCAGAAGACUCAAGUAACAAAGCUGCAGAAAUUAUUUACAUCAUGCAACUCAAAUGUCAAGAGCAAACGUGCUGCAACUAUCGGAUGUACUGUAGGUGAAAUCACAGAAGCAACCAUUGCAGAUCCGUCAUUUCCUUUCGGCUACACUUCCACCCAGUUCAGUUUGUGUCUCAGUUUAACUAUGCUGAAGGACAACCCCACCACCAUCACUCAGAAAGUGGUGGAUCCCAGCUUUGGGAGGGUCAUUCUUAGCAAAUUAUACGAGGUGUACCCGUCUGGCCUUGGGGACGGUGUGGUGCAGUUACUGGGCCCUACGUCUCGUGUGGCCAAUGUCAGUGAAAUCAAAAGUUGGAACAUCACCUCAUUAGACACACUGGCAUCUUUAAUGAACUCAGUUAAUGGUGCCUGGACUUCAGAUCAGAGUAAUGCAGUGAUAAUGAAUUAUCUAAGCAUUCCUGGAAACAGCUUGGGGACAGCUGAAAUAAAUGCAAUUGGCUCUAAUCUCUGUUCUUUAAACGUCAGUGUACUCAGUACAAUUACUGUGAACGACCUGGAGUUUGCCAAUCCAAUAAAUUUGUCCUCAUGCUCAUUUCUUCAGAAAAGCACUUUGUACAAUAUCGCUAACAUCUCAUAUUCUAACCAAACCAUCCAUGUGCCACAACACUAUCAACUCAUCAGCCUUUUCCUGGGUGGAGCUCCUCUGUCAGAUAUUAAAAAUCUCGCUUCUCAGAACAUCAGCAUGGACAUUACCACCUUCAAUAAUCUGAACCCUGAUGUGGUCAUGGCCCUGGAUGUGCGUACAGUACGUGAUCUGUUUAGGAAUAAUCUACCUGUUCUGAAGCUAUUUGAGGAUAACACAUUGGUCAAGUCCUGGCGGCUUCAGCAGUACCAGUAUGAGCUGGACACUCUGGGUAUCGGCCUGAUUGGAAAAGCUAACCCUAUCACUACUACCCCCACCACUCAUUCUAGCACUACCACCCAUACCACAACCAGUGUCCCAGUAAUCACCACUACCACAAGCAACUCAACUACUGCCAAUAACACAGCCGGAUAUGCAACAGUUCAUGGUGAUGCAGGACCGUGGUGUCUCUCUCUGGUUGUCGGACUCCUGACAGUUACUCUGCACAGAGUGCAAUAG